AAAUCAUUUUUUUUUACAUAAAUUUAUUAGACAUUAAUUCUAAUAGGGUGAAAGUAAUGUCAGUUUAAUUAAAAAUUACAUUUAGUUAAUGUAUUUUGAUUUAUAUCAUAAGUGUAUUAUUAAAAAACUUGUUAAUAAUUAAUGAAUUGAUAUAAUUUUAUUAUUCAUAACAAACAAUACGAAUUACUAUUCUAAUAAUUACAUUUUGACUAAUUCAAUAAUAUUAGUCCUAAAAAGAGUUAAUUAGUUAUUUUAGAAGAAUUUCAGUGAAAUACUUAUAAAGAUGGAAAAUAACGGGUACGUACAUACUGAAAUAUCAUUUAAUGACUUGUUUAUAUUUGAAGGUUAAGUAAACACAACUGAUAUCCUAUCAUUUUAAUUAAAUUUACAUUAUUUUUAAUAGAAAUAUACCCCCAAUGAAGAUAUUUAUACAAUACCCAAAACAAAAUACUUACUUUAUCUCUACUUUUAUUUUCAAAUAUUUAAAAAUUGAAAUUCCUAAGUAAAUGAUUUACCAACAGGUGUUUUUCCUAACCUUAAAAUUAUACUUCCCGUUUUGAUUAUUUUAAUACGGAAAUACUAAGAAAAAUGAUUCACAUUUUAUGAAAAAUAAUGAACGUCUGUAGAAAUAUAUUAACGGUAGUAGUGAAAAACUAUGUAGUUUAUAGAAAUUUAAGAAGACAUGUGGUGACCCACAUUUCAAUGAGAAAAGUGAAUUCGAAAAUUAUUGACGGUAAAAAAAUCGCCGACGAUAUACAAAAAGAAUUAAAAAGGGAUAUAGAAGAUUGGGUGGGUAAAGGACAUCGUUCCCCAUGUCUUAUAGCGAUCUUAGUAGGAGAAGAUCCUGCUAGUAAAAAAUACGUUCAUAAUAAAAUGAUUGCCGCUAAAAAAGUCGGUAUAACAAGCACGACGAUUAAUCUACCCGAAAAUAUAACUGAAGAAGAACUAAUUGGUAAAAUACAAGAAUUAAAUGAAGAUCCUUCGGUGGAUGGUAUUUUGGUGCAAUUACCUGUACCGGAACACAUUUCGGAAAGAAAAGUUUGUAACGCAGUUGGACCGAAAAAAGAUGUCGAUGGUUUUCACAUUACCAAUAUGGGACGUUUAGCUAUUAAUAUGGAUACCCUAGUACCGUGUACUGCUUUGGCAGUAAUAGAAUUGAUAAAAAGAUCCCAAAUUAAAACUUUCGGUAAAAACGUCGUGGUAUGUGGUAGAUCUAAACACGUUGGUCUACCUAUAGCUUUGUUACUUCAUUCUGACGCCAGAAACGAAUGUCCCGGUUUGGAAGCUACAGUAACUUUAUGUCACCGACAUACUCCUCCGGAAGAUUUGGAAUUUUACCUUAAGAGAGCCGAUAUUAUUAUCAGCGCUACCGGUGUGGUGAAUUUGAUUAAACCAGAAAUGGUAAAACCCGGGGCUUGUAUAAUAGACGUCGGUAUAACCAGGAUACAAACCGAAAGCGGUAAAGAUAAAAUCGUAGGAGAUGUCGACUUCGAAGGUUGUUUCGAUGUGGCGGGGAAAAUAACCCCCGUUCCCGGUGGCGUUGGACCUAUGACCGUAGUUAUGCUCAUGUCGAAUACUUUUAAAUCUGCUAAAUUAUUAGCGGUGUGAAAUUGUUUGAUUUACGAUCUUAUUUAUACGAAUUUAAUUGAAUAAUUUCAGUUAUGGUGUUUUAAAAAAUAAUCUUUUUACAGUAUUAUUAAUUUUGAUUUUUGUUAAAUAUUUAUGAUGUUUAUUAAUACAAACCUCCAAAAAUGC